UAACUGUAGAGAAACUAAGUUUUUGUGUGUGUGAGAGAAAGACUUAGAGAGAGAGAGAGAGAGAGGGUAAUCGAUCGCCGGAGAAAUGGGAAGAGGAAGGGUGACGUUGAAGAGGAUAGAGAACAAGAUCAAUCGGCAGGUGACUUUCUCAAAACGGAGGUCGGGAUUGUUGAAGAAAGCUCAUGAGAUCUCCGUUCUCUGUGAUGCCGAUGUCGCACUCAUCGUCUUCUCUACUAAAGGAAAGCUCUGCGAGUACUCUACUGAUUCCGGAAUGGAAAGGAUCCUUGAAAGAUAUGAAAGAUACUCAUACGCAGAAAUGCAGGCAAAUACAACCCACAAUGAAACACAAGGAAGCUGGUCUCUGGAACAUGCAAAACUAAAAGCCAGAAUCGAGCUUUUGCAGAAAACCCAAAGGCAUUUCAUGGGAGAAGAUCUUGAUUCCUUGAGCCUCAAGGAACUCCAAAAUCUUGAGCAGCAACUUGAUACAGCUCUUAAACACAUUAGGCUGAGAAAGAAUCAACUGAUGCUUGAAUCAAUUUCUGACCUCCAAAAAAAGGACAAGGAUUUGCAAGAUCAAAACAACACCCUCUCUAAGCAAAUCAAAGAACUAGAGAAAGACAUACCCUCCCACCAACAUGAUUUGGAGCACCAACAACAAAACAAUGAAAUCCUGCCCUCAUUCCAAUUCAACAUCUUUAACAACCCUAAUAUGUGUGAGCAACCGCGGAUGGAGGGUGAAGCGGAAGAAAACUUAAGACAAGCGCAAAUGGUGACGGUUAUGCCACCAUGGAUGAUUCAAUACAUGAAUAAGUGAACAUUUUAUAGAGUUUUUCAGUUUGUAAUAUGAUAUAUAUGUGGAUGAAAUGAUGAAUAAACAACAUUUAUGUUUAUUACACUCAUGGAU